GGACAAGGCCUCAACGAUUGAUCUCGGAACCGCUCCCCAGAAAAAAUCACGGGCAGUUGCCUCUGCGGGAAGAUCGCUCACCGAAUCUACUUUUCCGAGGGGCACGACUUUGAGGAUGGCGUAUUGGGCUUCUUGAUUGUUUAUCCCUUCCAGCACAUGCUUUAGCUGACCAAGACCUCAGUUCUUCGACAGCGUGGUAGCUGCCAAUGCACACAAUGCCGAAAGAGCACGUCGUCCCUCUUCUUUAUAUAUCACAAGGUAUCCUAUGCGUCGCUGACCUGGACCACGCCGCAAGAGCGAUGCGCGAGUGUUCUGCGGCGAGUGCGGCUCGUUCCUGUUUUUACGCCGGAGUCCGGUACCAGCAUCAGCAUUGCGAUUGGGACGGUCGAUCCGCUGUAUCUCUUUGGCGAGGGGUGGGAGCUUCAAACGGAGAGGCCCCUGAGGGUGGGUUUGUAGGGAGAUGGCGAGCAUUGGCGAUGGCCAUGAGUGGGUUCAAAAACGAGAUUCCUGGUGUAACGGACAAUCUCGAGCUUGUUGUUGUUGGGGAAAGGGGAGAGAGGUUCUGCUCAGAGUAGGCUGAUGCUGGCGCAUACGGUAUGUCUGUUGGUAUGGGAUUGUGGGUAGUGCCGGUGAUGCAUUAUGUGGAUUUGUG